UAAUGUCAAUUUUUCACGUGACAGAUAUAUCUGAAAAACCUUCUUCAUAUACUAGCUAAUUGGCAAACAAAGAAGUUAGUUUCAUUUCUAUUUUAGAUCAAUUAUUAAGCUUUAAGGAGUGAAGUGCGUACUUCCAUAAUAGAUAAAUACAAUCAUUUCGAAAAAUUAGGCCAAAAACCAUAAAGUCCAAAAGGAGGAUAAUAGAACAAAGAAAGUCCAAGAAAGCACUAAAAUACUUUACGAACUUUAGACAUUUUAUUUGGAAAACCCCCUUAACAUCAAGAAUAAGUAUCUCAAUCUUCACCUGCCAAGAUCAGUGGAUUAAAGAAAAAGUAAUAUUCAUUCUCAUAAAUUCUUUAGGAUGCAACAAAUAGGUACUUAAGAACAAACAGGCAAGUUUCACCUUUCAACUGGAGCAUAAGAUUUUAAGAGCACUUAUUAUGAUUAAUCAGGAGCCAAACAUUCAUUCCUAUCUCCCUAAAGCAGAAAUAAUUAGGAUGGUUAAUUAAGAUCAGGAUCACUGACAUCAAAAUUUUAUCCAGAAAGAGGGUACAAUUAAAUUAUCAAUAGAAAGCACAUAACUCAGUAAUGCUGUCCCAAUUUAACGAUUAGUUGAGAUACAAAAUUUAUUAGAAUUGACUCCUUCAAGUGAGCUUUAAACUUUACCAAGAAAGUAUUCUUAUAUUGUUAUGAUUUUAGUUAUUUGGAUGAACUUCAAAGAGUAGCCAGUUCCAUAUAAAGGAAUUUGAAACACCAUAACGAUAUUCGCUUAAAAUAGUGAA